CUCACGUCAGAGGUAGGUAGCCGUUACAUCACGAUGUGUCGCCUGAGAAACCCAACGUCGAUUGCGGGGAAGGACCAUCAACGCCAAACAUUCUCUUAUUCUUCACUUCAAUUGAUUCUCUCUCUGACUUCAUCAAUCCAUUUCAUCAAUCAAUCAGUCAAAGUAUCAAGAUGCUCGUCGCAAUGUUGUGGCGGCUCCCUCUUCUGCUGGCUGCGUAUGUCGGCGUUGUCGCGGGUGAUGGGCAGCAAGUGCUUGGCUCCCAUAACACAGAUCUGGAUCACAUCCGCGAGAAACUGCUCGAGGCUCAGAUCAUUCCCACCGUUAUUGAUGACUUCCCGCCUGCUCUUAGCCUUCGUGUCAAAUGGAAGCACGACUCUGCCGCGCUGGGCAAUACCCUCAAACCCGAUCAUCUUAAAAAGGCGCCUGUAAUCCAUCUUGACAGGGUCGAAUCUGACGCUCUCGCCGGUGCCCAACUCUCCAAACACAUGUCGUAUGUCAUCGUCCUCACCGAUCCCGACGCGCCAUCCCGCGAUGACCCCAAAUGGUCCGAAUUCUGCCACUGGAUCGCAGCCAGCUCUAAACUGAAAUUCUCAUCAGAGUCCAAAUCCAAACAUCACCUCAAGGACAUCAUCAAAUACAAACCUCCUGCUCCACCGCCAAAGACCGGAAAGCACCGCUAUGUCUUCUUCACCUUCAUCGCAGCCAAUGGAACGACCAAGAAGCUACACCUGAGCAAACCAGAGGAGAGGAAGCACUGGGGAUCGGAUCAUGCAGGCCAUGGAGUCCGUGAAUGGGCGCAUGAGAAUGGUCUUAUUCCCAUCGCUGCGAAUUUCAUAUACGCGGAAAACGACAAGCAGUAGCCCCAAGAACUUCACAUGUCAUUUCCUAGCUUAAUUGAUUCGAAAAGGAAGCUCAUCCAUAUAGUUUAAACGGUUCCUUGGUUUUCUCUCUUCAUUUGAAGAAUGUCAUUCGUCGUCGCGGAGGUUGUUCCUGUUUUAGAAACCGAGCGGUUUUAGCAUCGUGCAACCCCGCACCAAUACACGUUGUCUAUCCCACCACGAUCUAUGCAGAUCCAGGUCCUUGAAGCUUAAACAAGCAGGUCGGCAUAUAAUAGGCACUACCGGUCUUGGCGGGUAGAGCGAAUGAUUUAAUCCAUCUUUGGAGCGUGACCUUCGGAGCAGAGAUCAUUACUGCUUUAGGAAGGUACCUCCUAGUCUCGGCAUGCGAUGAUCGGAGGUAAA